GUCAGUUCUACUGUAUUCUCCUCAGUACUGUAAGCACUGAAUAAAUAUUACUGAUUGAAGUCUGGUAAAGGAUCAAAGAACAGGAAGUUUCUGAGAAGCUUGGGCUGCCCUGCAUUCUUUAUCUGCGGAAACGAACUAAGAGGAUAACUUGAAAUAGGCUUGUCCUAUUGCUUUGCGAUCACUGCUUAUUGCUUCUAGCCUAGGGAGCUCAGCUUGUGCCAAGCAAUCACAGAGGAGACCCGCAAGGAUUUCAGAGCAUCAGCAAAAAGUCUUAACAUGCCAAACCUCAAGCUGGUCUACUUUAAUCUGCGGGGAAGAGCAGAAAUAAUCCGUUAUCUGUUUGCCUACAUGGACCUGAAAUACGAAGACCGGAGAAUAGAGCCUGCGGACUGGCCGGGAAUCAAAUCACUGCUUCCAUUUGGGAAAAUUCCCAUUCUGGAAGUUGAUGGAGUGACCCUUCACCAGAGCCUGGCUAUAGCGCGGUACUUUGCCAGAGAAGCAGGCUUGGCCGGGAAGUCAGAGCUGGAGCAGUGUCAAGUUGACGCCGUCGUGGACACCCUGGAUGACUUCAUGGCGGCUUUUCCCUGGGACGAGAAAAUUCAAGAUGUGAAACUGAGGUCAACUGUUCAGGAAUGCAGGACGUCCUCCUUAAGCAAGGAGCAGGCAUUCAGCAAGCUGCUCGCCGAUGGGGCUCCGACGUUGCUGCGGAACCUGGAGACGUACCUGGCGGAGAGCGAAUGGCUGGUCGGUCAAUCGGUAACCUGGGCUGAUUUCUACUGGGACAUCUGCAGUACGACACUUCUGGCCUUAAAACCCACGUUGUUAGACAACUUCCCCACGCUUGUGGCCCUGAGAGGCCGAGUGCAAACCAUCCCCGCCAUCGCGGCCUGGAUCAGCCGGCGGCCAGAGACGAGGCUAUAGAUGGACGUUCUGUCUGUGAACAUUCUCUCUCCCCCAAACCCCACCACGUCAGGUUUUUAUUCUCCUUCCUUAAGGCAUGUAAAUAGGACUUUUUAAAAAAUGGCAUUUUUUAACACUUA